CGGACCCCUUCUUAUUCCUACGUUUUCGGCAUUGCCCUCCUCCCUCCGAUCAUGGCUCCCUCCUUUCGGCCCAGCAAGAACCGGUCCAGCCGGGACGACGAGGAUUUCUUCGAGGCUAGAGGAGACCGGAAGGCGAGAAAGCCGCUGGUGGAGAAGAAGCGGCGGGCGCGGAUCAACGAGAGCCUGCAGGAGCUGCGGCUGAUCUUGGCGGACACGGAGUUCCAGACGAAGAUGGAGAACGCCGAGGUGCUGGAGCUGACGGUCAGGCGCGUGCAAGGCAUUCUGCAAAGCAGCUCUCUAGAUGGUGACAAACUGCAGCGAGAGGCCAGUGAACGCUUUGCGGCUGGGUACAUUCAGUGUAUGCACGAAGUUCAUACGUUCGUCUCCAACUGCCCUGGAAUUGACUCUACUAUUGCUGCAGAGCUCUUGAAUCACCUUCUGGAGUCAAUGCCACUGAAUGACGGCAGCUUCCAGGACCUGAUUGUGGAUGUCUUAUCAGACCCCUCCAUCAGCCAGUGGCCUAGCAGUGAUGGGCUCCCCCAAACGCCUGGGCUAUCACCUGGAGCUUUAUGCCUGCCCAUCCCCGCUUCACCUCUUCCUUCACCUUCCUCCAGUGAAGAGACUUGCUCUGAUCUGGAAGACACGGAGGCUGAGCAAAGCCACAUCUCUUUGGAUGGACUGGACAGGUCUAGGACAGAAAAUGUGCCUUCCUCCAGCCUUUCCAAAUCUAUGUGGAGACCCUGGUAAUAAACUGCACAGGAACCAACGAAGAUCUACCUAAUAGGGAGAAUACUUGAGCACUGUGUUCUUCUAGCCAUUGGAGUAUAGACGGUGAGGAUUUCAGAUGGUGCAUUUGUGUCGUGAUAUUAACUGUAUUUCAGGACUGUAUAGAUGGCACUCUGACACUGUCAAAUCCUGACAGGCUAAAUAGCUGAAUGAGUUAACAUUUCAUCUGUGGAUUUGAGAGAUGGGUUUUCGUAAGUCCUGGUUUCUUUUUAUUAGGGGUUUGGGGGUAGAAAGGAUGGAAGUGUGUACAAGCAGAGCUCUUUUGUUGAUGCACAGCACUGUUCAUUUCCUUCAUUUUUGGCCCUUAUAAGUGGCCCAGAUAUUGCUACCUUUUUCAGUUAGGAAAAAGCCCUUUUGAAUUUGAGAACUUGAUGGUUUAAUCCAAUGAACGGUAUGAAGUUAAGCAUUUAUGCACAACUUCAAAUGUUUUAGCGAUAGCAUUAAAAAAUCCCUGAAAGGGAUUGGCGAGGCUAGUCUCUUGUUAAGUUUAGUGGACUAGGAUCUCUCCUUCAGUGAAGGAAGAGAAAACUAGAAGCCCCACUGGAAUUAGGUGAGCAUUUAAAGUAUUGGUGGCAGGGUGCCUUUUAGAAACGUGUCUUGUGCACAUCUUCUAGCACAUCUGAAUUUAUUGUGCUGUGUAUAUUAGCUUGUCAAAUGUUUAUUUUAAUCUUUUUUAAAAAUAAAAACUAAAUUCACCAAUGAUUGCAUGUAUUUUGGGGUGUGACACUUGCUUAAGAAAUUACAUUUCAUGUUAGUGACUAACAAAAAUGCAUCCUUGAAUGCAAACAUUGGUAAUUAAGCACUUAAUUCAUGUACUGAACUUGUCUGUUCAAGUACUGGGAGCUGGAAUGUUUCCAUAUUUUCAAGAUUCUUGGGCUAGUCUUGGUUUUGGUACACUAAAUUCAUGGGUUUGAUUUUACAACUUCCAGAUUUUAGAAGUUGAUACUUAACUUGCCAUGAUGAAGGCUUUAAAGCAACAAGGACAACGCACACUCUGCAAUUGUGCAGGCUGAUCCUGUGUACGUUUGCUUGGAGUCAAGUCUUCCUGAGUUGAGUGGGAUUUACUCUUAAGUAAAUGCAGAGAAUGCAGCCUUAAAAGUAACCAAUGUCUUAAUGAGGAUUUAAAUAAGGGGAACACUUUCCUGGUUGCAUAGAACACAUUAAAUAACAUGCAAGGGAUCGGAAAGCUUGGAAGCUCUUCUGUGAUCUGCUGCAACCUCUGCCUUUCUCCAUACAAAAGACGUCUUCGUUUUUGGGGUGGGGGUGGGGGGAGGGAGAUGUGUGAGUUAUUUGUGCUGUUACCUUUCCACAGAGCUGUCAUUGUAACAUAGACCUAUGCUGUAAACUUACUUAACACAUGAAAGCAUCCCAACAUAACAAAAAGGGAGGGGUGAAAGUAAGAUAGGGGGCUAGCUAUGUAAUCUUCCUUUUUGUUAACCAUG